AUGUCACCUUACUCCUCUACAAUGGACGAGCUUCCCAAAGGGUUGGUGUCGACAACGGAACAGGUUCCAGCGACGCUUGGGGAUGUGACUGCGGUGGAUAUCGGCGACAUUGUGCAAUUGUGGAAGGCCUAUAGUGCAAAUGCCUCGGUCCACGAGGGUGACAUUGGUCACAGACUGGAGAAUUUCUUCUGGCGAAUCUGGAGCAGCGAUGACCUCUGCCGGUCUAUGCAUGGGUCUAGGCUCGCCAAGCUGUUUCUUCGCAUAUCAGAGGCCAGUCCAUUAUCUCUCGCCACUCCGAAGCCGACAACUACCAAGGCACCCAAGGAACGACUUCACACCAAUCUGACCCCGACUGAGGAUAAAUCGCCAUCGAGUAAUGGGUCCAAUCGCACGCCUAUGCCCCCACCCAUCUUGAAGAAGUCCAGUACAUCGCACGGAGAGACGCAGAAAACCACGCGACUGCUCCUCACUGGAAUCGGAGGGCAGAGUAUCACUCGCAAACCGUCCACCCCUCCCGCUCCGGUCCCUCCCCCCAAUAGGAAGGCUUAUUUUGUAGCGAGCAAAGGCAAGACUACCAAGCGACGACCGGUGCUUAUGCGACGCAAGUCCUCCCAGACAUCCUCCGGUACAACUACUCGUGCGCAUAGCCCGCAACGGAUCCCAACUCCGCUGACCUCCACGUCCCCGGUUCAAAUGUCUGAAUCAAGCAGUGACAGUACAGGGGAGGAAGAGCCAGCAGUGGAAGAACCUCCCGAUCCUCGCGAGGACACCAAAACAAUUACCAAACUGAAUGAAUUACCCGUAUCAUUUGUCGCCAAUCUGCAGGAAAUCCUGACCCCAUCACAAGGUACCAAAUCGACGCCUCCCAAAUGGGGCUUUGUGACCAGCGACGACUUCACCCACUACAAUAUUAACUUCCUCUCAGCAGAGAACUACGCACCCCAACCCUCGUCCUCGUCGCUCGUCGACAAGGAUUUUCGCAUGCGCUUCGCGGAGAGACGACGUCAGGAAUACGAGGGAUUGGCCUCGUCGCUCGGAGAAGCUGCACAUGCAGACGCCACUGAUGGCGCACCUCCAGCCGCUACUAAUGACAUCUCGAAAGCCGUGCUCCCCAGCGACCCCAUCUGCACACCAUUUCCGAAGCCCGGAUCCUCGCCUGACGAGUGGGCGUCUUCCGCUGACUCUGGGAUUCCUAUCAUGACACCCAUCGGGUCCACGUUUAGUGCAGGGCGCGUGACUACCGACGCGGUCUCGUCACCGCAGACGUCGAUGUCUGCAUCGAAGGGACGGAGCCAACUCAGCGUAUUGAUCGAGGGGAGUCGCAAUAAACAAGCUGACGCCCAGGUGAUGAGCAUUCCUGAGACCGAGCUAGAUUCGUCAGGAAGAUAA